AUGACAACAGAUAUUGCUGUUAGAGGCCCUAUGGAGAAUGGAGGAAGUGGAGCUAUUGCAGACUAUACAGAGGAAAAUGGGGAUUAUGACGAUAAUUCAUCUUCGAGGCUUUUUGAACGCCAUAGAAUUAAAGCUUUGGCUGAUGAACGUGAAAAUGUACAGAAAAAGACUUUUACUAAAUGGGUUAAUUCUCAUUUAAUUCGCGUCAAUUGUAAAAUACAAGAUUUAUAUGCUGAUUUACGUGACGGGAAAAUGUUGCUCAAACUUUUGGAGGUGCUAUCCGGCGAUCGUCUACAACGCCCAACACGCGGCAAAAUGCGCAUUCACUGUCUAGAAAAUGUGGACAAAGCUUUGCAAUUUUUAAGAGAUCAACACGUUCAUUUGGAGAACCUUGGAUCGCAAGAUAUUGUGGAUGGAGCGCCAAGACUAACACUUGGAUUAAUUUGGACUAUUAUUUUGCGAUUCCAAAUUCAAGAUAUUACUUUCGAAGAUGUUGAUAACCUCGAAACUCGUUCUGCUAAGGAAGCUUUACUUCUUUGGUGCCAAAUGAAAACUGCUGGUUACAGAAAUGUUAAUGUUCGUAAUUUCACCACAAGUUGGAGGGAUGGACUUGCAUUUAAUGCUUUAAUUCACAAACAUAGACCCGAUUUAAUUGAUUAUGAUAAUUUGCAAAAAUCUAAUGCUUUGUUUAAUUUGAAAAAUUCUUUUGAUGUUGCAGAACAGCAAUUGGGAUUGGCAAAAUUGCUUGAUCCUGAAGAUGUUAAUGUUGAACAACCAGAUGAGAAAUCUAUUAUUACUUAUGUUGUCACCUACUAUCAUUACUUUAAUAAGGUAAUUAAUGGAAAAUUAAUUUUUAAAGUAUUUUAUGUAAUUCAAAAUAAUUCAAAAAUAGUCACAAUAUUUUUUUACAAAACCUUAAAAAUUCCUUUUCAGCUUAAACAAGAAACAAUCCAAGGCAAAAGAAUAGGAAAAGUUGUUGGAGAAUUAAUGGAAAAUGAAGCUUUAGUUGAACGUUAUGAACAACUUAGUUCUGAUCUUUUGGAAUGGAUUAAAGCGAAGAUUGCCGAACUUAAUGAUAGACAGUUUGCUAAUUCUUUAAAAGGUGUACAACAGCAAUUGGCCUCGUUUAAUGCUUAUAGAGUUGAGGAAAAGCCACCUAGAUUUCAGGAAAAAGGCGAACUCGAAAUGCUUCUAUUUUCCCUUCUUUCACGAAUGAGAGCUAAUAACCAACGCGCAUUUCUUCCACGGGAAGGCCGUACAAUUGGUGAUAUUAAUAGAGCUUGGAGAUCCUUGGAACGAUCUGAACACGAAAGGGAAUUGGCACUUAAAGAAGAACUCAUUAGACAAGAAAAGUUGGAACAAUUGGCAACUCGUUUCGACAAAAAGGCCGGAAUGAGGGAAACUUGGCUACAAGAGAAUCAACGUUUAGUUAGUCAAGACAACUUUGGAACAGAUCUGGCUAGUGUUGAAGCGGCUAAUAAAAAACAUGAAGCUAUUGAGACUGAUAUUUAUGCCUAUGAGGAACGUGUUCAAGCUGUUAUUUCUGUUGCUGGGGAAUUGGAAAUUGAAAAGUAUCACGAUAUUGGACGUAUUAAUGAUAGAAAAGAGCACGUUCUUGGCCUUUGGAAUCAAUUACUUGAAUUACUACAAGGCCGUCGUCAACGUUUGGAAUUGAGUCUGACUGUUCAGAAAAUAUUCCAUGAGAUGGUUAAUGUUUUGGAUAUGAUGGAUGAACUCCGUGCCAAGCUUGAUUCCGAUGAACUUGGUCAACACUUAAUGGAUGUGGAAGAAUUAUUACAAAAACAUGCAUUAUUGGAAUCUGAUCUUAAUAUAAUUGCUGAUCAUGUCCAAAAUGUCAAUCGACAGGCUGAACGGUUUUCUAGAGACGAUACAGAAGGCUACAAACCUGUUGAUCCAGCUGUCGUUAGAGAAAGAAUGCAAUUUUUGGAGCAAAGAUAUAAAGAAUUAUUGGAGUUGGCAGCUGCGCGAAAAGCUCGAUUGGAGGAUAAUAAACGACUUUGUCAAUUUAAUUGGGACUUGACUGACUUAGAAACUCAUUUUAAAGAACAAGAACAAGUUCUUGCCCAAAAAGAUACUGGUCGAGAUAUAUUUUCUGUUAACCGCCUUCUUGCCAAACACAAAAAUGCCGAGAAUAACCUUGCCGAUUUGGGCCGAGCACUAGAUGAUUUACAGCAACAGGGACAACAAUUGGUUAAUGAACAAAUACCUGGAAGUGGUCCCGUUCCCCUAAGAAUAGCUGAAAUUCGUGCAUAUUAUGAUUAUUUGAAAAAGUUGGCAGAUGAGCGUAGGAAGGAGUUGGAGGGGGCUGUUGAAUAUUAUCAGUUCUUCCAUGAUGCAGAUGAUGUUGAUGCUUAUUUGUUGGAUACAAUGCGUGUUGUCUCCACAGACGAUGUAGGGCAUGAUGAACAGUCUGUACAAGCAUUGCUCAAAAAACAUGAUGGUGUUUCUGAAGAAUUGGAACGUUUUGGCAGACAUAUUGCACAAUUGGAGGCACAAGCUCAGCAAUUGCCUGAACCGGCUCGAGCUCAACCCGACAUCCAACAACGUCUAAGCGGCACACAAAAACGUAAAUACGAAUUAGUUGAAAUUGCCCGUCUUCGAAAACAACGUUUAAUUGAUGCCCUUUCCCUCUACAAACUUUUGGCUGACAUUGAUUCUGUUGAAUCUUGGCUAGACGAAAAGGGGAAAUUAUUAGCAACAUUUAUUCCUGGGCCAGAUUUGGAAGAAGUUGAAAUUAUGAGGCAUAGAUUUGAAACUUUACAAGCAGAUAUGGCUCAUCAAGCAGCCAAAGUCAGAACAAUAAAUGAAUUGGCUAGACAAAUGUUACAGGUCGAGCACCCCAAUUCUGAUGAAAUUUUGGCUCGUCAAAAUGCUCUCAACGCCCGAUGGGCUCAACUCAGAGAUAUGGUAGACUUGAAGAAGGCUGAUUUAGAUCGUGCCCAUCGUCUAGAAACAUUCCGUAUUGACUGCCAAGAAACUGUUACUUGGAUUGAAGAUAAGACUAGAAUGUUGGCUGAUACUGAUGAAUUGACUGGAGAUUUGAGUGGAGUAAUGAAACUACAGAGAAGAUUGUCUAUGAUGGAAAGAGAUUUGGGGGCUAUACAAGCUAAAUUGGCUGCAUUACAACAAGAAGCUACGCAAAUUGAAAGGGAGAAGCCGGCAGAGGCCGCGCAGAUUAGGGAGAGCAUCACAAGAAUACAUCAAGUCUGGGACAAACUCAACAAAAAAGUCCGCGAACAAGAAGCAAAGCUGGAUGAAGCCGGCGACUUACAGCGCUUUUUACGCGAUCUCGAUCACUUCCAGGCUUGGCUCUCAGCCACCCAAAGACAGGUGGCGUCCGAAGACGAGCCCCAAUCAUUGGCCGAAGCAGAACAACUCCUCCAACAGCAUGCUGUCAUACGGGAGGAGAUCGAUGGCUAUGGAGAAGAUUAUCGAAAGAUGCGCGCAAUGGGCGAUAGGGUCACUCAAGACCAAACUGAUCCUCAAUAUAUGUUCUUGAGACAGAGACUUGGUGGAUUGGAGGAAGGAUGGGAAGAGCUUGGUCGGAUGUGGGAAAACAGACAACAGUUCCUCAGUCAAGGCUUAAAUCUUCAAUCAUUCUUGCAAAAAGCCAAACAAGCCGAAGUCAUCUUAUCUCAGCAAGAGAACCGUUUAGCCAGAGAAGAACAGCCGACUUCGUUAGAACAAGCAGAAAAUGCCCUCAAAAGGCAUCAAGACUUUCAAACUACAAUGGAGGCUAACGAUGAAAAACUUCGCUCAGUUGUUCAGCUUGGGGACCAACUUUGUGCUGAUGGGCAUUAUGCAGCUGAUAAAAUACACAAAAAAGCUAGAAAUAUCGAGGAACGUCGUGCAGCAAAUAGAGAAAAGGCUCAACAAGUUUUGGAUAAACUACGAGAGGCAUGGCAUGUGCAACAAUUCCUUUCUGAUUGUGAAGAAUUGCGUGAAUGGAUAGAGGAGAAAAUGGCUAGUUUUAAUUGGACUUACUAA